AUGUCCAAGACGGUCGCUGUUCUCCGCCUCGUGUCCCUCGCGCUCUCUUUCGUAUUUGGCAUCGUCGCAUUGAGUGUUGACAUCAACGCCCUCGCAAAGUCAAACUCGCAGAAAUCGACCCUCCGCAAGGACGUCCCCAGCGGCGUGACUGUCAACAUCGACACUCAGGACGUCUUCUCCUCCGGUGUCGUUGUAACUGUUGUUUGUGGUCUCAUAGGUCUCACCUCCCUCCUCGCGCUGGUGCACUCCUUUUUCCGAAGCCUCACCAGCCCGUUCCAUCGGCGCACGGUUCCUCUUUUCGGCGCACAUCUCCUCACAUUCCUCACCAUUUGGCUCUUCGCAACCAUCAUCCCAUUCACCGAUUUUGUUGCCAACCGCCAGGCAAAAAUCUCUGCCUCACUUGGAGGAGUGCCGCUGUCGCAGACCAUCAUCCAGGCAACUGAGCAGCAGCUUGGCUUUACACCAGUGUAUCACAAACUGGGCUACCUGCGCACGGGCGCGAUCCUGCCUUGGUUUGCCUUCCUCUUUGGCGCGACGUCUGCGGCGCUCUCGUACGUGUACGCCCGCCAGGCGGCCACAGCCAAUCAUUCCACCUCUUCUGCCGGUUAUGUGAACGAGAAGCAUGCCGGAGCCUCCCCGGGGACACAGCAAGUUUGA